AUGAAAGCUGAAGACAAAUGGAUUAUAGCUCCGUUGUCUAGUCAUAAAGAAGAGCUAGCCGAACUUGAAGCGUUAAUCAAGAACAUGAAAAACCGACAAACUGCAAGUGUUAUGACGGCACUUUAUUAUACAAUGGCAAUCGCUGUUACUGGGCUUCUGACAGUAGUUAUUCCUUCCAACAUCACGCGAACCACAUCAUUUAUUGUAUCGACUACACUCGUUUCUCUUUUUUCCACUGUUGGUCUUGCAAUGUGGAACAUAUCGAUAGGCUUGUCUCCACAGAAGAAAACAAUUGCAGCGGUGAUAUCCGUUUACGUUGUGACAAUUGCUGUUACAAAAAUGAUAACAUGCGGUGUGUCUCCCAACAUCACAACGAUAAUAUCACCGUUUGUUCCGUCCUUAUUGAUCUACCCGUUUUGUGCAUGUAAUCUUCUUACUUGGAUCAUCACGUCUAUUGAGAUCUGCUCGCGGUAUCAAACAUUACCCCUACUUGGGACUACAGAAACCGUUUUGAUGAAGUUGUGCCCAGAACGAAAAAAGUUGCGUCGGCAGAUUCUGGAGUUAGUCCGUCAAGAGACAGGAACAGUAAGUGAAGCUUCAAAAUAG